GUGUUUCUUCCUUUGGUUCCCGAUCUUUUCUUGCUUCUCUUCAUCUUAUCCAUCUUAUUUCUCAUACUUACUCUUCUUAUUUGCCUACUGUUCUUUCGGAAUACCUGCAAUUGUUUUCUGCUGUUUUCUUGCCAAACUCAAUUCCUACCAAACCUGCUUUUAUUUCCAACCACAAUGUCUGCUUUUUUAGUUCCUAUUCUUUCUCUCCCAGCCCAACCGGCUAUCGUAAUUCCCCUUAUCUCAAUCACCUCAAAGUCAAUUGUGUGCUAUAUGAAGCAACAACAGCUCAGACCCUUUUCAAACAACUCUAGUGAUUUUUCCUUUGAAGACUCUUUCAACCCCAAGGUUUUCCAGGAAAGAGAACAAUCCAAGGAGAAUUUCUACAUCAAGAAACAUGAAAGGGACUUGUUAAAGAAGCUUAAAUCAGAACUAAAGGAUACUACUCAAGAUGAUGUUUCAAGCCCCAGUGAUGUUGAAUCCAAAUCCAAAAUAGGCUCAAAUGGCGAACUGCUUUAAGCCAUUUAAAUUCUGAUAUUUUGACGAUUCC